CCGGUCCCCGUCGACGACUCGACCCGACUGCACGUACGCUGCCUCCCUAUCGCCGGCGUCCAGCGGCCGCCGCUUGCCGGCCCCGCGACCGAUGGAUCGGCCGACCACGUGAUGGAUCUCUCGGCGGAAGCACCCGCGCCACCGGUCGCCACGGGCGGAGGGGCGGAGCCGAGCCGGAGGCGACCCGGGGCUGCUGUCCGCGGCGCCCUCGGGGUGGCCGCCCCCUUCGCGGCGUCAUUCUUCUUCUCCUUCCUCGUCGGCCUCGCGGGUCUCGUCCUCGGUGGUCUGUCCUCCACUGCAUCCGUCUCCAUGCCCUCCACCUGCCGCAUCCUCUCCACUGGCGUUGAUCUUAGGUCGUCAAAAGUUUGUGAGCUUGGACUGUUUAACUAUAGAGCUAAGCAUGUAUUUUACCCCUCGAGUAACAGAAAAUUUCGAUGCCAUGAUGACUACUACUGGGCUUCAGUUUUCCAGGUUGAAUACACAGAAUAUUUUUCUGGUCAGACAUCUUAUGCGGUUGCAGAGGCCCCAAAGGAAGCUCUUCCACAGAAUUGUCGGCCUGACUUUGGUGUUGCAUGGUCAACAACAUUGAGGUUCAAGGUAAAUGAAUCGUACAGUUGCAGAUACACACUGGGGAGCAGUAAGGCUGAUAUUUAUUCAGAUAGGCUGUUCAAUUGCACCGCCGAGGAACCUUCGACAAUCGAGAUGCUCAAGAGGAUAUUUGUAUUGUUUUCGAAGUCCUAUAUUUCAGAAGAUUUCAAUUCAAUUGGAAUGCUUGGAUACCUAAUGGCAGGGGUUGUGACUGGGAUUUUGAGUGCCUUAUUCAUAACCAUAUUACUGAGAAGUCUCCGAGGACUACUCCUUGCAGCUGCUGGGUCCACCGUAAGCAAGCGUAGCAUCAGAGUGUUUGCCUGUCGGUUUAAGCGUGCCUGCCUUCUUGUAGCAUAUGUAUCAGCUGUUGGCUGGAUUACUUUGCAGUACAGCAAAAUGAUUGGAUUAAAAGAACUUCUGUUUGAUUAUGAAUUCAUGGAGAGAUUCUUGUAAACUAUAGACACAUGCAGCUCUGUAUAUGAUAUCAGCCGAUUAUGGCCGUUGAGGGAUUUUUUUUUCUUUAUUUAGAGGUGUGCAGCCACGAAUGCUGCUGCCUCAACCAUGGCGCGUGU